CCAGUGAGCGUCUGGGCAGAGGGGCUAGUAAGCGGAAAGCUUGCUUGGGGAAGCCGUCGUGGGCGGUGUUACAGCGACGCGCCAGCUGGGGCGAGCCGCUUGUACUGUCCUUUUUUCUCCGUGGGGUUCGCUCCUUCUACCGCUGCUUGCUGACCGCGCUUCCAUGUUCUUGCGGGAAACAGCAAUCUGGAAUCGCCACGCCCAUGGCCGCUAGCCUGAGGGGAACCUCGCUCACCUCCUGUUCUUCCAGUUUGAGCAGUGACACUGACGACGAUGGCGUGCGCGGCACCUGCGAAGAUGCUUCCCUGUGCAAGAGGUUUGCAGUAAGCAUUGGCUACUGGCACGACCCUUACAUCCAGCAUUUUGUGAGAUUGUCCAAAGAGAGGAAGGCUCCAGAAAUUAACAGAGGAUAUUUUGCUCGAGUUCAUGGUGUCAGUCAGCUUAUAAAGGCAUUUCUACAGAAGACAGAAUGUCGUUGUCAAAUUCUAAAUCUUGGGGCUGGGAUGGAUACCACUUUCUGGAAGUUAAAGGAUGAAAACCUUCUACCAAGUAAAUAUUUUGAAGUUGACUUUCCAACGAUAGUCACAAGGAAGAUACACAACAUCAAAUCAAAGCCUCCGCUUUCAAAACCCAUUGUAGAAUUGCAUUCAGAGGACUCACUUAAAAUAGAUGGACACAUGUUGGAUUCAAAGAGAUAUGCCAUUAUUGGAGCAGAUCUGCGAGAUUUACCUGAAUUGGAAGAGAAACUAAAAAAAUGCCAAAUGAAUAUACACUUGCCGACACUCCUAAUAGCAGAAUGUGUGCUGAUUUACAUGACGCCGGAGCAAUCUGCAAACCUCCUGAAGUGGGCAGCCAACAGUUUUGAGACUGCCAUGUUCAUAAACUAUGAGCAGGUGAACAUGGAUGAUCGGUUUGGGCAGAUCAUGAUUGAAAACCUGCGGAGACGACAGUGCGACCUGGCUGGAGUGGAAAUGUGCAAGUCUUUAGCAUCACAGAAAGAACGGCUGCUGUCAAAUGGAUGGGAAACAGCAUCAGCAGUGGACAUGAUGGAAUUGUACAGCAGAUUGCCGCGAUCGGAAAUGGGCAGGAUAGAGUCGCUUGAAUUCCUGGAUGAAAUGGAGCUUCUUGAGCAGCUCAUGCAGCAUUACUGCCUUUGUUGGGCAACCAAAGGAGGAAAUGAACUAGGUUUGAAGGAAAUCACUUAUUAAUCUGUUAAGGACUCAUGUUUGAGCCAGAAGCUGAAGCCACUAGCCCUCACAGAGGAGACGUGGGGAGCAUCCUGAGUGCCAGCAGGCUUUGUCUCCCCGGUGUCAUCCUACACACUGAGAGACUUCAGUUAUUAGGGUUGCUGUAUCCUUUUCUGUUGACUUAUUGUUGUUUAAAUAAAUCUCAGUUGCCAAUU